AUGGAGAUAUCUAAAUAUGCACUAAUUCUAUCUGCCCUCCGCUUUGGUUGUAAAGGAUCAUACUCUCUUGCUGGAUAUGAAGUCUCACAAAGCAGUGUUCCCUUUCUACAAAAUGGACCUAACAUCCCCCUUGAUGAUGAUGACGUAACAUGUGCUGUGACACAUAAGGGUACAGGAGAGUACUGGAAAAUACAGUUUAAGCAAUCUCUGACUAUUGCCGGUGUCCAUCUUCGGCUAAAAGGAGGUAAUUACACAAUAGAAGUGCAAAAUGCUUCGGAAACUUCCGCUCGACAAGUUUGUGGUUAUAAACAUCUACCCUUUGAAUUUUCUACUAGCAAUGUAAAUAUCACCUGUAAAUCAAACUUACACGGAGAUGUUAUUAUCGUUAAAAAGACAAGUCUUGGAAGGUUGACACUGUGUGACUUUAAACUUAAAGUAUGUGAGUCUAACAACCUUGGUAUUCCCUGUACAAAGUGUACUCCGUCCAGCAGCUGUAAAUCUUGUGACGGACCACAUUACGGGGUCUGGUGUGAAUAUCAGUGUUCUCCCGGAUGUGUACCUGGAUCAUGUGAUGAGCUAACUGGAGAGUGUUCGAGAUGUAAAGAUGGGUACCAUGGAAACCAAUGCCAAUUAUCUAAAUAUUGUACAUGUAGGAAUUGUUCCUCAGCAUGCUCUGAGUGUAACUCUCUGACUCAGAAAUGUACUAGAUGUCAGCAGUCCAGAUAUGGUCAAUUUUGUCAGUAUGAGUGUCGUCCUAACUGUGAAACCUGCGAUAUAAGCAACGGGACUUGUCUGACAAGUAAAGACAGUUAUUUUGGAGGUCAGAUACAUGACAGAAUAGAUGUACCAAAGAUUGUUCUUUGGACCUUGCUUACCUGUGUAUGUAUUAUACUGCUGACAUACUUCCUUCUGAAUAACUGGUUGUGUUACAAAGUUCCUUGCAAUAAGAAGGAAAGACAGCCAUACGUCAGAAAAUGGAAGAACUCUGGGAUACCGGCUCAUGGAACUAGUGAACUACAAGAAUGCAGUGUUUAGAAUUAUUGUCUUCUUUAUAAAGCAAAUUUUAUAUUGAUAUAAUGUUUUAUAUUAAUGGUCUCACUUCGAUUCUAAGAUUAUGAUUUUAAAAAUAUAUUGGAUGGGCAGGAUUCACCAUCCUUUGAAAUUUUACUGUGUUGCAGAGUUUACGCGAAGCACUAAAAUUUCGCGGUAUUUUCGCGAUCAAAUUCGCAACUGAAUCACUAUUCAUUAUGAUUACCAAAGAAUACAUGCACACACUUUUAUUGAAAUCCUUAAUUCGUUACAUAAAUGGUAUGGUCGAACAUAUUUAUAACUGAAAACAGAAGAAAUUCUGAUCGACACAGUCGAACUACCUACCAUUUUUGUAAGUAAAUUUGCCGUGAUUUUUAUUUUCAGUUUUCUUGAUUGAAUACCGAAUAACAUAAAAAAAAGAAAAGAAAAGAAAAAGAAAC